GUGAAAGGCGGUGAGCGCGUGAAAAACGCGUUGAGCAGAAGAGCGGGUUGGUACACUGACCGGAACUACUAAAAAGCUACGGGGAUACCAUCAAGCAGCUUUUUCUCUAUUGCCUACGUCCAUAGACUAGAUAGCUAGGUCAAAGAACGUGGAAAGCCUUGGCGAAACUACUGUCUUGUAUCUGGGCCAGGCAAGGCAAGUACGUCAGGCCAGGCAAGCUGAACGAACACACAAUCGUUGCGGUGCGCUCGCGGAGCGAAGUCACAUGACGCAGUGCUAACAGCUGAUUGGUUUACAUCGGUCCGCAACUUGGUAUCAGCUCCGUCUCUCUUUGCUGCUGUGAACAGUCAGUGAAAACCUAGAGUCAAACCUGUUACAGUUCACAUUGUCGAUUGUGUUUUGUGUGAGGAUAAAAAUUUAAUUAUGUCGAUGCCACCACAUUUUUUGGGCUCCAUGACGCUGAAGGCCCUUCUCGAGGACCCUAACCUGAAGAAUCCACCUCUUGUUGCUCAAUCAAGCGACCAGAUCAAAGUCAAGAAAGAGGACAAGGAUUCCGAUCUACCACAGUUCAACUAUGGCUCUGCGUUUUUGGGUCCCAACUUGUGGGACAAGACCUACGACAACGUGGACUUCAACUUGGAGUACAUGGAUCUGGACGAGUUCCUCUCGGAGAACGGGAUCCCCGUGGCUGGGGAAGAGGGGAGGAAGGAUCAGCUGCCUGCUGGGCCGAAAGAAGAGGCCCCCCCUCCUGCUAUGGUUGCCAACAAUGUUCCCAUCGCCAUGUCCAACAGCUCUCCGCGCCAGUACCUGAGGACCCCUCCCAUGAGCCCAUCACAGUUCCUGGCCUCUCCCGGCCCCUCCAGCCCCACCCAGUACCCCAGCGUCAUGCCCGCACCCCAGCCCGUCAGCAAAAGCCCGUCACCCCCCGUCAGCCCGUUCAGCGUUGAGUUUCAAGUCAGCGAACAGGAUUUGGCUCUCUCAUCCAUUCCAGAUUAUCAUGAUGGCUAUCGUCCAAAAUGGCAAGCUUGGACACAUACCAGCGGUGAAGAAUCCAGUGAAGCGAAUGGACAUGAAGAUUUUGAUCCCAGGAAGAGGAAUUUCUCCGAGGAAGAACUCAAGCCCCAGCCGGUCAUCAAGAAGUCAAAGAAAGUGUUUGUACCCGACGAGAUGAAGGAUGAAAAAUACUGGAACCGCCGCCAUAAGAACAAUUAUGCAGCCAAAAGGUCUCGCGACGCUCGGCGGGUGAAAGAGAACCAGAUUGCCAUGAGGGCAGCGUUCCUGGAGAAGGAAAACGGCUGCCUGAGGGACGAGGUCAACAAGCUGCGGAAAGAGAACGCCAAGUUGAAGGCCAAGAUGUCCAAGUAUGAGCCGUCGGCCGGCGUCGACCCAGCGUCGCCUAUCAGCAGUUUACCCAUCUCUUAAUGGCGGGUCUGGAAACGUAGCAUAGUGGUGGCAAGAAGUUCGACUUGACCUUUAAGUUAAGCUGACAGGAUUUUGAAAGCUGCUUUCCUAUAGGGGCUGCUGUAAACGUGGCGUGGCAGACGGUGAUGACCUGAUGUGACUAGUUCGAGUUGGAAGAGAGCGGGACAGUGCUUUGAGUCCACACCUUGCUUUGCAUUUCUAGUGGGGGUCUUACCUCCCUCUGUGGACAAAGUGCUUGCAAGACUGAUUUCUCCUUGUAAUCGGUUUAAUGACAGACUGCAGUCUUUACAGAUGUGAAAUUCCUGUAUCAGAUCUGUUUUGUAUACUGAUAGAACUCAUUGAAAAGCGUAGAACUAGUAGCUGAUUUGUUUUGUUUUAGAAACAUGAGCAAAAGUCUGUACGAGUUAAAGAGAUUUUAAUACUAGCUAAACUUUCACAAGGGGUACUCCUUGCUCUGACUGGUGAUGAUAUUGGUUACUGGUGGUUCUGUACGUCUCUUCCGGAAGGUGUCGUCCUGUCCAGGCUUUCUCUGCUCUGCCACAAGUAAGGUUCUUUGCAGGCCUUUGCUAUGAGUUUACAGUGUAGACUUGCAGAAUAUUGGGUUUGACGUUUUAGAAAAUCGUAAACACAUUUGACUUUUAUCUGAAGUGUCGUGCUCCAUUUGCAUCUAUCUAUCUAGUGGGGCUGUGAAGUUUCAUCAGUAUUAUUUGAUUCGGCAUAAAAGUUUAGGAUAAUAUAAUCAUUGGAGCAUCUUGUCUUCUACUGGCGCCUUCAAUUUUGUCUUAAUCUUCGUCUCAAAGUGCCACUGAGAAAAGCGCUAGCUGUAAGAUAGGGGAAACACUUGUUCACAUCAGCCUUGAUGGAAGUAUUCUCUCCUCUGUCAAUUCCUUAUGUAAAAGCUUUAAGAUAAAUUAGAAGUCUUAGCUGCUUUUGCGAACGAUUCAUUCGUUUGCAUCAGUGCAUUAUGGAGAUGCAAGAUGGUAUAUCUCUUGAGAUCCUGUUUUGUUUACUUCCUUUCAAGUAGUUGACAGUGAAUUAUGUGGCUUCUCAAAAUAAUAAUGUCGUUCAGACCACUGUGUUUCCUUCUGUUCAACAACUGAAUUUGGAGGAGAUGAGAUUCAGGCAAAUACAAGUUGAUUCAUCCCAAAUGAUUCACGAGAUGAGAUUUUUUUCUUUUUGUUAAUGGAUUGUUGUCGAUAUCUUUCUGAUUGAGGCUUUCAUUGAAAAGCGAAAUGUGAGAACGUUGGUAAAUUCCACUUUGCUCUCGGUGCGAGGCCCAGCUCAAUGAUAAUGAGAAAAGUUUUGACAUAAUUUUAGUUGCUUUUUUUAUUUUUUAGUAGGUGUUUCCCCAAGUUUUUACUAGAAAUGUGUUGUACUGAACAACCGGAAAACUUUUUUCGGGCACAAGAUGGAAUAUUAGUUUUCUGCUCUUUCCCCCCCCCCCCCCUUUUUAUUCCCCCCCAGGGUGUUUGUUAAAUGAAGGAGUAAUGGGUUGUUGUUUCUUUUGGGAGGGGAGGGGGGGUGUUUUUUGGGUAUUGCUCUGACCUGCUGUUCCACACAAAGGUUAAAAGGUUAUUCCGUACGAAGUGUAACCCGGUUGAAAUUAGUAGUAAGUCGGGUUGUUGAGGGAGUACUUGUUGAGACGUGUUAAACCUUUGCCACACGCACGAAGAACGUGCAUUGACAAAGUUUCCUGUUUCUGGGGAAAUAUGAUAUAAUUAUGUAUGUCUCAUUCAUCUAAUAUGUUGUUGGCUUUUUGUGUCAGUGCUGAUCAUUGCAACAUCUAUGGGUUCGUUUGGUUGGUUGGUUUGUAUUUUUUUUUGUGUGUGUGUGUGUGUGUGUUCUGUCGUUUGGUAUUUUUAACGUUUUUUUGUUUUUUUCGUACAGUGAUGUAAGUAAUGUAAUAAUAAUAAAUUUGUUGCUGUAGAUUCUUCAAGUUAAUCGAUUUAGUCCCGUGUUGAUGUAGUAGUAGGAUUAUUGUAGCGAUUGGCAAUCUGUAUAAAUAAUAAUAACGAAGCAAAAUUGUACUUUCAUCAGAUUUCAGUUCUGUUUCAUUGUGGGCCUUAUGCGACAUUCCUGAAAGCAGUUUGCGCUGACUACGGAAAAAUGUGUUGUUUUGGAAACGCCAAGAAUUUAGGAAGAUUCUCACUGUUACCGUUACCUUGUAAUGAUGAAUAUUCUACCUUUAUGAUCGGAGCUGAAAUAGGUUUUGGUUUCUUGCCUUCUAUUUAUUGUCUUUUAAUUUGCUACUGAUAGGAACAUUUUUCUCAUCAAUAAAAUUAAUAGCAGAGUAAGAAGAACCAUCUUCUGACAAUAUGGCAUACCACCCCCACCUCCACCUCCCCCCCCCCUUUUGAGGUUUUAUACUUUCCUUGUUGUGUUGACUUUUGAAGAUUUGUCUUUCAUCACAUGACUGUCAUAUUAUCCUUUUGUUGAAAUGCCUCAUUGCUAUGGCAGCUUGUAAAUAUGAUAUGCCUUUAACCAGGUUUAUAUAUCUAUAUAUAUAUAUACAUAUAAUAUGAGUAACAUACACAUAAUAAAUGGUACACCUAGGGAAAAGCUUUUUUUUUUUAAAUAGAAAAAAACUGAAGGCUCAAGAUUACUUACCCAUAUAUCGCAUAUUUUGUUCGAAAGACGAGGAGGGUGAAUGGU